CUAGGGUCAGAGUGUGAAAAAUGGCGUCCAUCUCCGCCACAACCACAGCUUCUUCCUUCAUCCAUGCAUCUCUCCGUCGCAACCCCUCUCUAGGGGUUUCCUCCGCCCCAGUUCUCGGGCUGCCGUCGAUGGCGAAGAGAGGGAGAGUGGUGAAGUGCUCGGCGGAAGGAAACGGAAGCAACGGCAGCGGGUGGGAUAAGAAGGGGAUGAUGAGCGCUUUCCUGAUGGCGGCGGUGGCCGCAGCAGCUGCGUCGACCCAGCGGCGAUGGCUCCUCAACGGAUGCGAGUAGCUGGAGCGAUUUGUAGCGACCUUCUAGAGGCUGAAGCAGAGAAGAAAGAAGAAGCAGG